GUUGCCUGGACUUUUUGUUAGCGGGAAAGGUAGCAGGGAUCGCGUUAAGGAACCAUGGACAGAAAGGCGCGUCACGUCAUAAAAGGUUUAGCGCGCGGCGUAAGUAAGUAGGGACAACACUCGGUACACUACUACAUACCUAGUACACGACGACGGCAGCAGGGAACUCCAUAACCUAAGGGAAAGCGCGCCGACUGCGACUCAAUACCAGGCAGAAACAGGCAGCAGCAGCAGCAGCAGCAGGCCCUAUUUUUCUCAAUUGGUAUUGUUGGUAACCAGGUUACUGGAUUGGAAGACUACCUAGGUAUUUGUUGGUAUAAAAGGACGAACGAUCCGUCGUGGGAGGAAAGAAAGAAAAGUUCGACAAUCCUGGCGCCCAGACGAUUUCUCCCACUGCUUGUUAGAAGCAAGGGAGCUCCAGCUUCUGCGGUACUACCGACUGCGACUUCGACUUCGACUGCGACGAAUUUUGCGGCGAUUGGGUUGGCGACGAACAAAACUCGGGCGAGAAUCGCAAAGACAAAGACAAAUCAAUUUCCCUCUUCUCAACUUGGCCUCCUCGGAUCAUCACUUGGUCGACUAAGUCUCAACUCGAACUCGGCUUCGACAACCUCACCGGGCGGAGGAGCGAACUUGUUAUCAGCAGUUGGACUUGCUGGGCUUACACGACUAGGAGGAGGACGAAGAAAUUACGCUAGUUACGCUAUACAUAACAUCAACAACAUCACGAACAACAACCCCAGAGAUACCGGCACAAAAAUGCCUCCCAAGCAGCAGCAAACGUUGGGCAAGUUCUUCGGCAAGGCAGACGCCCCGGCGGGCGGGAAACAGCAGACAAAAUUGUCUUUUGGCACGAAAGCGACGUCGACAACAUCAUCGAAGACGAAGGAAGAACCCAAAAAGGACGAGAUUGCCGGCGAAGAUGGGGGGCAUGAAGAGGUAGAGAAGAAGGUGGAGGAGAUGAAGAUCAAGGAUAAGAGUCCUGCCAAGACGGGGAGGGGGAGGGGAAGGCCGGCUAAGGGGAAGGAAGUUGCUAAGGAGGUAGCUAAGGAGAAAAGCAGCGCAGAGGAGGACGAGGAUGUGAUGGAGGUCGUGGAGGAGGUGAAGGAGGAGACAGGCAACAAGAAGAAAAGGUCACGGUCACCGACGACCAAAAGCCCUAAAUCGAAAAAGGCCAAGACCGAGGAGGACUCGGAGGAUGUUGCGCCUGCCAGCAAGCGGUCGAGGAGAAGUCGCAAGGUGGUUGAAGACGACGAGGACGAAACCAUGGAAGAUGUUCCCGCGUCUUCUGCGCCGGUGAAGGAGGAGAAGAGCAAAAAAGCAGCAUCACCCAAGCCGGCACUAAAAAAGAAAAGUUCCUCUCCCGCACCGGUAGAAAAGGCAAAUGAUGCGGAGGCAUCCUCAGCAUCCGCAUCCGAAAUCGAAGCCGAAGAGGAAGACGAGGACGAAAAGACCGAAGCAGUUGCCAAAGAGGCCCGCAAGGUCAUCCAGACCACACUCGCAACCAAGGUCAAGGACCCCUACCCGGACUGGAAGGCCGGCGAACCUGUUCCUUAUGCCGCCCUCUGCACGACGUUUUCGCUCAUUGAGCAGACGCGGAAGAGACUACUCAUCAUGGAGUACUGCUCUCUUUUCCUGCGCCAAGUCCUCCGUCUUACGCCCGACGAUCUGCUGCCUACCGUCCUGCUCAUGAUCAACAAGCUUGCGCCGGAUUAUGCAGGUAUCGAGCUGGGUAUUGGCGAGUCGCUCAUCAUGAAGGCUAUCGGCGAGACUACGGGCCGUAGCAUCGCUGUUGUCAAGAACGACCAGAAGGAAAUUGGUGAUCUGGGGCUGGUGGCUGUCAAGUCGAGGUCAAAGCAGCCGACCAUGUUCAAGCCCAAGCCGUUGACCAUUCGCGGUGUGCAUAAAGGGUUGAUGGAUAUCGCUACGACUAUGACGGGCACAGGUGCCCAGCAGAAGAAGGUGGAUGGUAUCAAGAAGCUUUUGUCUGCUGCGGACGCAAAUUCGACUGGCAAGGUGGACAUCACCAAGGACAAGGGCGGGCCCAGCGAGGCCAAGUUCAUCGUCCGGUUCCUAGAGGGUAAGUUGCGGUUGGGGCUAGCAGAGAAGUCCGUCAUUGUCUCCCUGGCGCAAGCCAUGAUUGCACACGAGUUCGCCCAAAAGGGGAAAAUCCCCAGCGAAUCCGACUUUAGCAAAGCCGAGUCGAUCCUCAAGACUGUCUACAGCGAGUUGCCCAGCUACGACGUCAUCAUCCCCGCCAUGCUCCAGCACGGCAUCAUGAACCUCCGCGAGCACUGCAAGCUUCGCCCGGGCGUGCCACUCAAGCCCAUGCUGGCUAACCCAACCAAGGCCAUCACCGAGGUGCUCGAUCGCUUCGAGGGCCAGACGUUCACGUGCGAGUACAAGUACGACGGCGAGAGAGCGCAGAUCCAUUACGUGGCCAAGGACGUGCCCAAGAGCGAAGGCGACCUCAGCCAGGUCGCUAGCAAGGACACUGGUAAAGGUGUUGCGGCUAUUUUUUCACGCAACUCGGAGGAUUUGUCCCAGAAGUACCCGGAUGUGCUCGCGAAGCUGCCGACCUGGGUCAAGGAAGGCACCAAGAGUUUUGUGCUGGAUUGCGAGUCCGUGGCGUGGGACACGGUCGAUAAGAAGGUGUUGCCGUUCCAGCAGCUGAUGACGCGGAAGAAGAAGGACGUCAAGCUGGAGGAUGUCAAAGUCAAAGUGUGCGUGUUUGCAUUUGACUUGCUGUAUCUGAACGGCCAGGCGGUGGUGGAGAAAAGUCUGAGGGAACGGAGGGAGUUGUUAAGAGAGGCGUUCAAGCCUGUGGAGGGCGAGUUUGCAUUUGCGACCAGCAUGGAUGGGCAAGAGCUGGAUGAGAUCCAGUCUUUCCUGGAUGAGUCUGUGAAGGCGGGUUGUGAAGGGUUGAUGGUUAAGAUGUUGGAUGGCGCGGAGAGUGGAUAUGAGCCAUCUAAAAGGAGUCGGAACUGGUUGAAGAUCAAAAAAGAUUACCUAGCCGGCAUAGGCGACUCGCUCGACCUUGUCGUUCUUGGCGCCUACCACGGCAAAGGCAAGCGCACCUCCGUCUUUGGCGCCUUCCUUUUGGCCUGCUACAACCCCAGCACCGACACCUACGAAACGGUCUGCAACAUCGGCACGGGCUUCUCCGAUGAAGUUCUACAGGAACUCCACUCUUCUUUAUCGCCCAUCAUCAUCGACCGGCCCAAGCCCUUUUACGCGCACUCCUCGGGUGGGCAGCACCAGCCGGAUGUCUGGUUCGAACCGAAAUACGUGUGGGAGGUCAAGACGGCCGAUCUGACACUUAGCCCGAGGUAUAAGGCGGGCAUGAAGGAAGGGGUGGACCCGAGUGGUGAGAAGGGCAUUUCUCUCAGGUUCCCGAGGUUUAUUAAGGUCAGAGAUGAUAAGAAGCCGGAUGAGGCGACAACGAGUAGGAUGGUGGCUGAGAUGUAUAGGAAGCAGGAGAGCGUGGGGAAGAAUAAGGGACCAGCUGUUGAUGAUAAUUUUGAGUAUUAGUUGGGGAAUGGACGGGACGGGACUGGACUGGACUGGACUGGACUGGGCUGCACUGGACUGGACUAGGGUUGGGCGAAUGGACUUGAGAGUGGCUAUGCCGCGGUAUGCAGUGGCUAAGUGGACAUGUGCGGACAAGUAUCCGGCAAUGAGUAUCAUAUGAUGUUGUGGAAUGUUGUGUUCAUAUUCUGGCCAUAUCUUUUAUUGUCGAAGGUGCAUUGCCGUUUGUUAUCUGUUCGUGAGGGGGGACCAAUGGGCUCGGAACUAUAGCGCGCCACCCGGGUUGUAGAAAAGGAUCUUGGGGAUGGUCCAUUAAUUGUGAAAUUCUCCAACGAAGUACAUGAUUUUAUACCAAAUCUUAUCUAUACAUCAGUUCUAUUUAUAUAUCAAUGCCUCA